GCGUCGGAGUGAUGCCUCUCUUGUCCCGCGUGGGGCACCGUAGCACCCCCUUCCCCUCUCCGGCCUCCGUGUCCAAGAUGGCGGUGGCCGGUGGAGGGGGCCCCGUGCGGCUCCGGCUGCUCUUCGACUACCCACCGCCGGGGAGCCCGGGAUGUUCGCUGUGCUGGCUGCUGCUGGAGCCCAGCCAAGUGCGCCUGGUCACCGACCUCAUCAGCCUUAUCCGGGAAAAGUUCGGCUUCAGCCGCCGGGCUCAGCUCAGCCUCUUCCUGGAGGGGGCGCUGCUGCCGCCGACCGAGAGCGCGCGCCUGGUGCGGGACAACGACUCCCUCAGAGUUAAAUUGGAAGAGGUUGUUACAGAUAUUUGUGAUGAGUUGGGUAACGGUAUCACUUAUUCAUCAAGAAAAGAGAGAAAAAGGCACAGGCAAAAGUUGGAAGAGGAGGGGGAGUCUAAAAGUGAAGAUGACAGACACAGAAGGAAAAAGAAGAAGAAGAAACAGAACUCUGAACAUCUUUCUUGUAAGGAAGAGGACUCUGUAAAUGUUCAAGACUCUUGGAAAAAGUCCAAGAAAAGAAAAAGAAAAGAAGAGGUGAAUGGAAGAAAUGGUAUCACAGGAGGUAAGGAGGACAGUGGUCUUGAUGAGUCCAAAAAGCUUAAAAAAAAGUUGGAGGGGGAGAAAGAGCUGGAGCAAGAAAGAAAGGAUGCUAAGCAGAGAAAGAUAAGGGCAGCUAGAGGAAAGACUGUCUUAGAAAAGGCCAACAACAGUUUCCUUCUGAGUCCUAGUAAAAGUAGCACAGUAAAAAACAUUGCAGCCCAGUCCAGCAAAAAAAAAGGGGGAAUUUUAGAUUCUGAUUCCUCCAGCACAUCAUCUGACAGUGUAAUGGAUAUGAAACAAAAUAAAUCCUCACAUAAACCUGUGGCAGCCACCGUACACAGAGACAAAUCCCAACUUGUUGCAAAUUCUGCUAUAAAAACUGUUACUGCUAGUAAAGUUACUGCCAAGUCUAAAGAUGAAAAUUCCCCUAAGACUGCAAUUAGUAAAAAAGCUAAACCCCAGUCCUCGAGUUCAGAUUCUGACUCUAGUAUGGAAGAGGAGGAGCAAAGCAGUAACUCAAAGAGAAAAUUGCUGCCUAAAAAUCCACCAAUUGUGAACAUUAUGUCAAAGUCCCCCAAGGCAAAGACAUCCUCUUCAAAGUCUGAUAGUUCAGAUUCAGAGACAUUUGUUAUUAAAAAGCCCAUAGCAAAUGUUGGCUUCAAUAAAUCCGUAGUAAGAAAUGGUGAUAAACAGUUGCCAACUAGCAAUCAAGGACCAACUGUAAACCCUAGCAGUUUUGGAAGGGGACUUGGAAGAGGAGAGGAUAACUUCUUCUGGAGAGGAAAUAGGGGCCGUGGGUGUCGUGGGAUGAUCCGAGGCCGGGGCCGGGGUCGAGGUCGAAGCCGAGGAGAAAGCAAUAGCUUCUUCUUCAACUACGGCCGUGAAAGCCAGAAAGAGCAGCAGUUAAAUGAAGCAGCAACAAACACUUCAGUUGUUAUCCAGAAUCCAGUGGAAGUUCCAAAGAGGGAAUAUAGUGUACUACCUCUAUUAGCUGCUCCUCCACAAGUAGGGGAAAAAAUUGCCUUUAAGCUUUUGGAAUUAACUGACAAUUACACUCCUGAAGUAUCUGACUACAAGGAGGGAAAAAUAAUCAGUUGGAAUGCUGAUAACAAACAGCUAGAGCUUGAGAUUCUUUCAUCUUCGGCAGUGGUGAAAGAGCCAGGAAAGUUUGAUCUGGUGUACGAGUCUGCAGAUGGAGCUGAAGUGAUAGAAUAUGCUGUUUCUCAGGAUACAAAGAUAACUGAAAGCUGGGAUGCACUGAUUGAACCAAGACUGAUUGUUGAACCUUCUCCUACUAAUGAAUCGACCACCGAGAACGUAAAACUCUAAGAUGUCCCUGACCAGCUACAGAUGGAAACACCAGUGUCCCCCGCUAAUGUAUUUUUUAAUCAUAUGUAAAUUGGAAAAUCAGCAGCUCUCAAUGCAGGUUCACUUAGACCUCUGUCUUAAAUAGAAUUUAAGAAAAAGCAUCUAUAUGAAUUACAAUGCUAACCACUGGGAUGUAUUUGAAAUGCUAGGCAUGGAUUACUGGCUGUGCACUUUCCCAGCAUAAUUUACAGCAGCUUAGGGCUACACUAAUUUCAUCCUGGCUAUUAACUGCAGUGGGGGAAUCACUGAGAUCCAUGAAAGCCCAGUACCUUGACAGCCAGGAGAGGGGAUGGUAGCACGGAAUCCACUGUAGUAAUUCUGUGUCUCUUGUACCAUUCCUCUGUGCUAGAUUGAUCCUCCUGUGGUUGGCUCCACCAUCUUUCAGGCCUCUGUGCAUCAGUGCAGUAAUGCAAAGCAGCUCUAGUGCAUCUGAGAAACAGGGCUUCUGUCUUUCACAGCUUACAGCUAGCCCUAUAGGGACAGCUGUCAUAUCUGGAAAUUGAACCUGGGUUUCCUGUGUGGUAGUGCUGGCUGGUUUAGGUACUGGGCAGAGUUAGUCAAAAGUUAUGAGCUGUUGAAAAGUAUUGUAAAGCUAUUUCUCUCUUUUUUGUUUUCUACAUAAUUGGUUUAAUAACAGUUGGUUUGGGGAAAAUAUGCUCCUGAUAGAUUUAUAUUGAAACAGCUUCUAUAUGCACACCUUGGUAUCCCUGGUCCUUUAUGAAUACAGCAUAAACAAUAGCUCAUUUCUUAAUCACAGGAGUGGGCCAUAGCAUGGAAAAGUGCACUGUAACUUUGUCAGUGACUCAACCCUGCAUGCAUUGUUUGUUACUCACUGUUUGCGCAUUCAGAUAAAGCUCAAUAAUACACAGCUGCAGCAGCUGUUAUCAGUGUACACAGAGAAUGUGAGUGUAGGCUGAUCUGAAUGAUGUGAUAGGAUGGACCAAGCAGGACAGUCAUUGGAGCAGGAAUGGCCAAACCCCAGUAGAGUCAGAAGUCCAAUUUGAUUUGCAUAAGCACCACAAAAUUAUCCAGAUCUUUUUGGUUUAGAAAUCUGAUGGGACAGUUUAGGAGAUAAAACUCCCAUGAGCUUUCCAGAACAUCAGGGUUUCAGUAGAGUCAGACAUCAAAGUGGCCUCUGAUGAGUUUUCAUGAUCUCCACAAACCAGAAAUGCAGAAAGCACAAAAAUAUAGUAAAAAGAAAAAGGAGUACUUGUGGCACCUUAGCGACUCACAUUUAUUUGAGCAUAAGCUUUUGUGAGCUACAGCUCACUGCAUCCGAUGAAGUGAGCUGUAGCUCACGAAAGCUUAUGCUCAAAUAAAUUUGUUAGUCUCUAAGUGCCACAAGUACUCCUUUUCUUUUUGCGGAUACAGACUAACACAGCUGCUACUCUCAAACCAAAAAUAUAGUGCUUGACUCAGGGAGUAGGGGAAGUUCUUGAUCUAUUCUUAGACUGUCCUAGUCAGUUUGCUCAUUUCUCACAUGAAGAGCUAUUAGGAAUUUAUAAGUGGCACCCUUCCUUUUGAGUCAGCACUGAACCAGUCCCAGCAUGGAGCUAGAGCAGUGGUUCCCAAACUUGUUCCGCCGCUUGUGUAGGGAAAGCCCCUGGUAGACCAGGCCGGUUUGUUUACUUGCCGUGUCCACAGGUUCGGCCUAUCGCGGCUCCCAGUGGCCGUGGUUCACUGCUCCAGGCCAAUGGGAGACGCUGGAAGCAGCGUGGGCUGAGGGACGUACUGGCCACUGCUUCCAGCAGCUCCCAUUGGCCUGGAGCAGCGAGCUGCGAUCGGCCAAACCUCCGGACGCAGCAGGUAAACAAACCGGCCUGGCCCGGCGGGGGCUUUCCCUGCACAAGCGGCGGAACAAGUUUGGGAACCCCUGAGCUAGAGGAUUAUAUGAGGGGAGGGGAGAUUUCUAAAGUUUUAUAAUGGAGGACCUGACCAUGGUGGUUAAAGAUCCCAUGCCACCUUUUGCAAAUAUAGGUAUUGUUACUCUCUUUCAAAUUCUAACCUUGGUAAUAACACUGCCUCAUGCGCUUUUGACUGCAUAGAUGCAGUAUUGCCAAGUCGUGACAUUUUAUCACAAGGAUCACAAUAUUUGGCAUUUUUUUUAAGCCCUAAACUCUGCAGUCAAGUGAAUACACCAGAAUCUAAGGGUUUUUUAAAAAGUAAGUUUCUAGUCCGCAUGGUUAUGGAUAUAGUUUUGAAAAUGUGACCGUAAAGAUGCAAAUGCCAGAAGGCAAAUAAAAAUAGUCCAAAUGUGUUUUUUUUUUUUAAAUCUCACAAUCUGUAAAUCAAUCUCAUGAUUUCUGAGGGCUGACUUAUGAUUUCUGAAUGCUUGGGGUUGGCAAUGCUGUACAUGAUUUUAAUCCUAAAUUGUUGUGCAGUAUUCCUUUUCUCUGUUGUACAGCUGCUGUUUCCCACUGUAGAGGUGACCCCUACAUACUCAGAACAGUAUUGUAAGGCCUAGUUAAGGAAUGUUUAUAAAAUGCUUGGAGAUUCUUGAAUGGAAGUGCAAAGUAUUAUUACUAUUUCGUUACUAUUUCUAUUUUAUUACACAGACAAUUACGCAGGUGUAGAAAAUGGACAGCAUCCAAAUAUAAUCA